GGCUGGUCAUGGUGAUCCUCCUCCAUCAGCCUCCUGCAUGCUGAGAUUACAGGCAUGUGCCACCAUACCAGGUUGGCCAGACUGUUGAACCAAAAAAAUCCAUGGAGACCUUGAAAAUGAAGCCGACAUGGAUUCGCUCUACCGAGCCUCCACAAACAAAGUCAAUUUGGAUGGAAGAAUAUUCAGCAGAUCCAACGGGUGCUCCUCCAAGCAGAGCCUUGGAGGGUAAGGCCAGCACCAUUACCUCUGAGUGGAGCUCUCCCGACUCCCCUGCGGGGAGCAGCGUGUCCGGGGGCAGCCAGGCGUUGGACAAGCCCAUUGACAAUGAUGCAGAGGGUGUGUGGAGCCCAGACAUUGAGCAAAGCUUCCAGGAGGCCCUGGCCAUCUACCCACCUUGUGGCAGGCGCAAGAUCAUCUUGUCAGACGAGGGCAAGAUGUACGGUCGCAAUGAACUGAUUGCCCGCUACAUCAAGCUUCGGACAGGGAAGACCCGCACCAGAAAGCAGGUCUCCAGCCACAUCCAGGUACUGGCUCGACGCAAAGCCCGUGAGAUCCAGGCCAAGCUCAAGGAUCAGGCAGCUAAGGACAAGGCGCUGCAGAGCAUGGCUGCCCUGUCAUCUGCCCAGAUCAUCUCAGCCACCGCCUUCCACAGGAAAGUGGCCCUCGCCCGGGGCCCAGGCUGCCCAGCCAUCUCAGGGUUUUGGCAAGGAGCUUUACCAGGCCAAGCUGGAACAUCCCAUGAUGUGAAACCUUUCUCUCAACAAGCCUACAGCGUCCAGCCUCCGCUGCCUCUGCCAGGAUUUGAGUCUGCUGCAGGACCCACCCCAUCGCCCUCAGCACCCCCAGCACCCCCAUGGCAGGGCCGCAGUGUGGCCAGCUCCAAGCUCUGGAUGUUGGAGUUCUCUGCCUUCUUGGAGCAGCAGCAGGACCCAGACACGUACAACAAACACCUGUUCGUGCACAUCGGCCAAUCAAGUCCAAGCUACAGCGACCCCUACCUCGAAGCCGUAGAUAUCCGCCAGAUCUAUGACAAAUUCCCAGAAAAGAAGGGCGGGCUCAAGGAGCUCUUCGAACGGGGGCCUUCCAAUGCCUUUUUUCUCGUGAAGUUUUGGGCGGAUCUCAAUACCAACAUCGAGGAUGAAGGCAGCUCCUUCUAUGGGGUCUCCAGCCAGUACGAGAGUCCUGAGAACAUGAUCAUUACCUGCUCCACCAAGACAGAGUACGCUCGUUAUGAGAACGGCCACUACUCGUACCGCAUCCACCGCUCACCACUCUGCGAGUACAUGAUCAACUUCAUCCACAAGCUCAAACACCUGCCUGAGAAGUACAUGAUGAACAGUGUGCUGGAGAACUUCACCAUCCUGCAGGUGGUCACCAACAGAGACACGCAGGAGACCCUGCUGUGCAUUGCGUAUGUUUUCGAGGUGUCGGCCAGUGAGCACGGGGCUCAGCACCACAUCUACCGGCUGGUGAAGGAAUGAAAGACUCUGGGAGCAGGGUGGGGGGAAGAGAUGUGUGUAGGAAAGGGGGACAUGGGAAGGGACCCACAGGGCAGUCCCAAAGUGCCAAGACAGCGGAGCAGAGCUGAUGUGACUCUGCCACACUGCCUGCUCCUGCUCUGCCCUGCCCACAAUAAACCCGAGGUGUGCAUGUGCAGAGGACCUGUCUAGCUGUGUGAGCCCUGGAGGGUCGAGGGGCGCCAGGCAGUCUGGGGGCAGACUGGACACAAUGGCUAGAGACGCACCAGGCCGUCCCAAAGCGAGUGCCCUGCGGACUCAGCCAGGAGCGUCGUCAGACUCUGAAGCCUAUGGCUUCAUGGUCCCUGUGCUGUUACACUGAGCCAUCGGCCAUGUGGGAGGCCCAAGGACAGAGCCAUGCCUGGGCCACUUGCUCUGCAGCUGCUGAUGAGUCCCACUGGGGCUGGGACUUCAGGUGUGGACGUGACGGUUGUCAGAGGGAUGCUGUGAAAGCUCUUUAGGUGGUUCUCGUCCCUGCAGUGGUCACGGAGCCAGGCUGACUGUCUUCUCCACAGCUAUGGCUGAGAAAUCGGCUCCCAUGAAAGUGGGGAGAGCGAGUUGUUUCCAUCCUGCGGCCUUCACAUCCCUGAGGGCCCAGGAGUGCAUCUGGCAUGUUCACUGGGUCCUGGUCCUUGAGACCCACCCAGGCCUUAGGGUUCGAGUCCUCACACCCCCUUGGUCCACGUGCUUCUGGCCAGGUCAUUUCUGUGCUCCCUGGAGAUGGAAGAGGAAAAAUGGAGCAAACCCUCGCAGACCCUCCGAGGGCUCCCUGGGUUGUCUGUCUCCCUAGAGAACUGGGGGUUGGGGUUAGGUUGAGGCCACUCUGGCGCCAGGUAUGUUUCUAGCUGCCUGGCCUUCACAGAUGUCACACCCUGUGUGAGCCGAGCC